CGGACGUUGUGAAUUGUCUCAAACGUCUCUAUUAUUCGUUCAGUUUCGUUCGACGUAUAUUUGUCGGAUUCUCAUCGCUACUACAAAAUGAGUGGUACUCCAAGAAUUAUGGUAUUUAGACCUACCAUCGAAGAAUUUAAAAACUUUCCUUCGUACAUUGAGUUCAUGGAAUCCUCCGGCGCUCAUUACGCUGGAUUAGCUAAGGUUAUUCCACCAAUCGGGUGGAAUCCAAGGAAGAACUCUUAUAAUGAUUACGAUAUUAUGAAUACAAUUAUUCCAGCCCCAAUUAAACAAGUAAUAAAAGGUGGAAGGGGAAUAUACAACUUAACAAGUUCGAAAAAGAGAUCAAUAUCAGUAUCCGAAUUUAAAACAUUGAUCGAAAACUCGAACAGUACAGCUUCUGACGCCUUUGACUACAAUGAAAUUGAAAAAAAAUAUUGGAAAAAUAUUAAUUUCGGUUCAGCAAUUUAUGGAGCUGAUGUGAUGGGAUCAAUUAUGGAUUCGGAUGUGGAUAGUUGGAAUUUAAGAAAACUAGAUACAAUACUGGACUAUUUAAAAAAAUAUUACAAUUUGACAGUUGAAGGAAUCAAUACCACUUAUCUUUAUUUUGGUAUGUGGAAAGCAACAUUUGCUUGGCAUACAGAAGACAUGGAUUUGUAUAGUAUAAACUAUUUACAUGACGGAUGUCCAAAAACAUGGUACGCAAUUCCUCCAAAAGCGGGACACCGUUUUCAAAGAGUAGUUAAAAACAUUUAUGGAGAAUCUACCUGCACAUCGUUUCUCAGACAUAAGAUGGUUGUCAUGUCACCAUCUAUAUUAAAAUCGCAUGACAUAUUGACGAACAAAAUUACUCAGGAGAGUGGUGAAUUCAUGAUAACAUUCCCGUUCUCCUAUCAUAUGGGAUUCAGUCAUGGUUUUAAUAUUGCGGAGUCUACUAAUUUCGCAAUGGAUAGAUGGGUGGAAUAUGGUAAAAGGGCUACUUUGUGCAGUUGUGGAGGGAGUAGAGUAGCAUUCAGUAUGGACACAUUUGUUAAAAGAUUCCAACCUAAAAAAUAUAAAUUGUGGUGUGAAGGAAAAGAUAUAGGUUUUCAUCCAGAAGAACCAAAACGUUUAUAUCCAGCUCCAGUGUUUUGAUAGUUUUUUAAACUUUUCUCAAAAGAAAAUGCAACAUUGAAUUGUGUCCACGAAGACUGGUUAUUGUUGAGAAACGGCAAUAGUCUUUAGUGUGUAUGAUAUGUAACUAUCUUGUUUUUUAUUGAUUAAUAAUUCCUA